UUAAGAAUCUAAUUUAAGUAUCGAUCCAUCUACUUUGAUUAUUCCACAUGUUUAUCAUCUUUCGAUUUUUUAAUUUGAACAGCAGUUCUAGCAAUCAUAAGAAUUCCAGAAAAAAGGAACAAUAAUCAAGAACGCAAAAGCCGCGUGUCCGGUCUCUAGUCGUCCUAUGUUCCUCUGCCGUUUCCCAUUGUCUCUUUCGGUGAUCAUCAAGUAGAAGUUCUUCCUUUAGCCCGUUGAAUUCCCAGGAUCCCCUUCUUGUCCUAACCUGAGUUUCUCCUGUUUUUGCUGGCUGCUGCAUGGAGAUUGUGGCUGAUGCUGCAUAAAUGGAAGGAGAAUUUGUUUUUCUCCAAAUCUAUCACUUCUUUUCUGGGGAUUAAUGAUACAGUCCUUGAUGGUGAACCCGAGAAUCAAACAUCGUCCUACCAUCUGCUAUAGGCCGAUACAGCCAUCUGAUUUAGAGACUUUGGAAAAAAUCCACAGUGACUUAUUUCCUAUCAGGUAUGAGUCAGAGUUUUUCCAAAGUGUCGUGAAUGGAUGUGAUGUUGUGUCAUGGGCAGCCGUUGAUCGCAGUCGACCCAAUGAUCAAAGUGAUGAGCUUAUUGGAUUUGUUACUGCAAGAAUUAUAAUGGUAAAGGAUAGCGAGGUUUUGAGUGGUUCCAGUAAUUCAAUUCAAAUAUCACAUACCAUGCAGAUAGCAGAUUUGCUCAGGUAUGACUCAUCAAGGGUGGAUCAAAAUUUAGUAUAUAUUCUGACACUCGGAGUUGUAGAGGCAUACAGAAAUCUCAGUAUAGCUACAGCACUGAUCCGUGAGGUGAUUAAAUAUGCUUCAAGCAUCCCAGUAUGCCGCGCAGUUUACUUGCAUGUGAUUUCUUAUAAUAAUCCAGCCAUUCAUUUAUACACGAAGAUGUCAUUCAAGUGUAUGCGGAUGUUGCAUGGAUUUUACUUGAUCCGUGGUCAGCAUUUUGAUUCAUAUUUGUUCGUUUAUUACAUAAAUGGCGGCCGUUCUCCUUGCUCACCAUUGGAGCUCAUAACACUUAUUGUUUGUUGCACGAAGACUGGUCUGAAGACUGUGGCUUCUAAGCUGAUGAUGGCGAAACCGAAAUGGCCUAAAGGUAACGAAACUCGGGUUCCCGUGACUCAAAGUAAGAGAAUGGCUAAUACCGAGUGUUCCGGAUUAGAGUAUGUUUGAUAAGUGUUGUAGUUGUGUGGUUGUUCAAGACAUUCAAUAAAUAGCAGAGUUGAUACCAUCCAAAGAGAGGAAGAAAAA